CUUUCGGCUUCAGGUUUGAAUAUCACUGGUUCGUGUCGCUUGUGAUAUGCGGUUGAUUUGCCCUUCAAGUGUUGUGUGUUGUAACAGCACUUCUGCAAUGAGUUGGAGUAGUCUUUCUUCAUUUGUUCUGCUUUCUCAUCAAUGCGGUUUUUCGCAUAGCUGCGGUGUAAUCCAAACCUUAAGGGCUUCAGCGUCUUCAGGUGUUAUUUUAUUUAGGAUAGUGCAGUUGGUCUGAUAGAAAUUUUUUUUCCAGCGUGAGUCUGUUUAUCUAGUGGGUUAUUCAUCCUUGACGCUCUUCAUUCGAAGUCUGAGCUCGUAUCUGACGAACUAUAUCUCGAGAAUGGGGAAACUCUGGUCGAUCUGCCUGUUGGCAGCUUUCAUAUCAACUGUGUCUGGGGAUUACACUGCACCAGUCAGCUACGAUACCCCCGUAGAAAGUUACUCAGCACCCACUUCAUACAACACCUACGGAGCUCCUGCGGCUGUUGCUGGAUAUGGACACCAACCGGCUCCUUACAGUGACCAAGGAAAGAGUUCGGUUUCUGUCACUUACACUCCUCUGGCAGCUCCAAGCUACCAGGCACAAGCAGCUGGCGGGUACCAAGCACCAUCGUCAGCAGCUGGAUACGGGCACCAAGCAGCUCCAAGUGUCGGCUACGGAUACCAAGCACCAUCGCAGCCCAGUUACCACCCUGCAAAGCCUGUCCGCGUGGACACGGACGUGCGGUACUACGCUCCGAUUUUCAAGAAGUCCGGCUACGGGUACCAACAACAAGUGCAUAAAGUUGGGGAAGCUGCUGUUCACCAGUACUCCUCCAAGACGGACAUCCACGGUGGUGGAUAUGCCGACGAUGGCUACGGUUCCCACGGCAACCAAGUGAAUUCUCACCCGCAAUACAAAUACGGCUAUGACAUCAAGGGCGGCUAUGAUUUGAACGUGAAUGCCCACGAAUCUCGAGACGGAUACAUCACCAAAGGAUCUUAUUCUUUCAAGCAACCCGACGGUUUGACGAGAAUAGUUGACUAUUACGUGGACAAGUGGGGCUUCCAUCCGACAGUGAGAUACGUUAAGCAUUGAACAACAAUUUUUUUCUGAGGAGACAAGCGACUUCGGGAACAAAUCAGAUUGGUCGUCCUUUUUCUGUUGUUGAAAAGACAAGGUAAAAUACGUGAGAUUUUUGUUGAUUUCAAAAGUGCCCGGCAACGCGGAGAAAAGAAUAGAUUCGUGUUUUUGUCAAAAUCGGACAGUGUUCUCGCAAGUGUUUUCUUUUGCCAUUUGUGGAUAUAUCAUAUAUGUUCAAUAAAAACUCUGUAUAUUCAGUUUUUUUUAUUCACUUAUAUUUUCACCGUUGUGAGGAUUAGGUUGUCUGCGGAACGAGACUGAAUUGAAGGAAAAAAAUCAUGAAAUUUCAUCGAGGCAUUUCUGAAAAUUUUGUUUUACGGAAAAUGAAUGGAAGGAGAGAUUGAUGAAUGAUGA